UUAGUACCAAGCGUGAAAGCCGGUCGUGGGUGGAAAAGAAGAGAAGGACGCGGUCCGGCGAUAAAGUGAUAACCACGUGGUGAUAACCAGUGAUAACCAUCAGUGGUGAUAACUUUUCUGCGUGGUGAUACACAUGGUUGAUGCACUGAUGGAGGAGCCACUUACGCUGAAAGACAUUGGGCUCAGUCAUAUUUCCAAACCCAUGCAAAGCCUCGUGCACGAAUGCGCAGACUUUCUCGGCAGCUCCGAGACUACGUCAGAUGUGACACUUCUAACCGAAAAAUUGCUCACCGCGCAAGCGAUAUGCGAUGUUGCGUGGGAGAAACUGAACACUGGCUACUGGAAGGAUGUUCAAAUUGUCUGGCGACACUUGUACAGCUACGGCAGUCUCUUCAAGGCUCUCUUGGAAGUCAAGCUAGGAAGAUCCACUCAUGACGUCUUGCGCAGUUGCGACAUGGGACUCCUGUUGGGUGCCCCAAUCCUCGACAAUAUCCUGUCCAGGAUAGCAAGCAAACUUCAUUCGCGGUUACCACCCGUAACAUCUGCAGACCAUCUAGAAAAGCUCGAAAUCCAGGACUCCUGUCUCCCGCCUGUGCCGCUUGAGUUUCCAAUCAAGAACUUAGCGUGUCCAUCAUUGGAGCAUUUUGCAAAGGAGUAUCUCAAUAAAGAAGAACCGGUGAUCAUAACUAAAGGCAUGGACUACUGGCCAGCACUCUCUACAAGACCAUGGAGCAUCCGUUACCUGUUGGAAAAAGUGGGGGGCCGCACAGUGCCCAUCGAGCUAGGAUCGAAGUACACUGACGAAGCCUGGUCUCAGAAGCUGAUGACAGUCUCUGCUUUCGUUGACACAUACAUACUCAAGGAACAGAGUCAAGACACGCCGAUUGGCUAUUUGGCUCAGCAUCAGAUAUUUGAUCAGAUACCGGAACUGAGAGACGACAUCUGUAUUCCAACAUAUUGUUGUCUCGGUGAGAAAGACGAGGAACCAGAUAUGAACCUCUGGUUUGGACCAGAGGGCACGGUUUCCCCCUUGCACCAUGACCCAAAGAACAAUCUGCUUGCACAGGUGUUUGGCCACAAGUAUGUACGACUGUAUAAAAAGCAAGAAACUCCAUUUCUCUAUCCCCACGAAGAUCGUCUUCUGGAAAACACUAGCCAGGUGAAUGUGGAAAAUCCCGACUUUGAAAAGUUUCCUUCAUUUGCCAAUGCAAGGUACUCCGAGUGCAUCCUCAAACCAGGCGAAAUGCUCUUCAUCCCUCCGAAGUGCUGGCACUUCGUUCGCUCCUUGUCACCCAGUUUGUCCAUCAGCUUCUGGUGGGAGUAGCAGCAAGCUGCUGCUGUGUGUUUAAGUGUACCCAUAGAUGUUUGCAAUGUUUUGAUGCUGGCAGUGCAUGGCAACACCAGCAUUUGUUCAAUACAUAAAGCUGUAUAGCAUUUUAUUGGUUAUCACUGGGUGUGUCCAUGAACAAUGGUUCCCAAGAGAGUAUUGAAGCGUGGCUGCUUGUUCUUCCAAUGACUUCCAGUCUAUUCUUGAAGAAAUGGCUGUACAUCUUGUUAAAGGAUCUCUGACAAACAGGUUUGAUGAAAA